AUGGAUCUCAACGCGGGAGUUGAAUUGGGAGUGGGACAAUCAGCUGAGAGUUUCGUAUCAUCACCAACAAUGGCAGAAGCGCUGUCAAUCAGAUCCGCCCUCAACCAUGCACUAGAGAACCGAUUCACCAAUCUGAUUCUCAAAUCCGACGCUCGGGACCUCGUCCUAGCUAUCACGGCACAAGAGCCCAUCAAAGAGAUCUACGGUCUUCUUUUCGAUAUACAUGCUCUUGCUUCUCUCUUUACCUCUGUCUCUUUCGUUUUCGUUCCCAGAGCUCAAAACUCAAAAGCCGAUCUUCUGGCCAAAGCUGCGAAGUGUCGUUUUUUCCCUGUAACCCGUCCCGGCUAA